GCGCGGGGAAGAGUUUUCGAAGCUUUAGGGAAUUAAUAAAGUCAGAAAUAUCUCCACAAAUAACAAUAACAAUGGACCGGCGAGAAGAUGCUUUGCGACAGGCCCUGGAGAAUAAUGCGGCGGAAACGGAGCGUUGGCAGGCUUUUAAAAGCGACAAUGAGAGCGCCAUCAGGAAUCUGGAAAUGUUUGUCCGUAAGCUCAGCGUGGAGGUUAUGGUUCCCAUUGGCAAGAAGGCUCUAAUGCCCGGGGAGCUAAUCCACACCAACGAACUCUUAGUGGGCCAUUAUGAGGGCUACUUCUCCCAAUGCUCGGCGCACAAAGCCCAGGAGAUCUGUCGACACCGCCUGAAAAUCGCCGACGAGCAGCUGAAAAAGCUAAAAACGGAGUCAGAUCUAUGGCAGAACAAGCUCAGUACCCCUUUCACAGAGGGUGCAGUGCCAAGUGGCGAUCAGGUGGAGAUUGUGGAAGAUUUCAACGAGGAGUCGCACAACAAGUGGAUGGCAGAACACAGAGAUCGGGUGCGGCGGCAGAAAGAAGAGGAGCGUCUGAAACGACAGGCAGAACCGGCAGGAAGUGGCGACGAUGUACUCCGAAAGCUAGAAGAGCGGGAGAUGAUGGAGGAAUUGGGCCUGGAUCCUGACAACCUCAGCAAGGAGGUGUUGGAAGAUAUUUUGAAUCCAGAAUCAGCCGUCGUAGAUCCUAUUCCCACAGCAUUAACCGAAGAGCAGGAGUCUGAAAUCUGGAAGAAGCUAGAAGCCCAAGAGGAAAGCGAAAAAGCUGAAGAUCUUGGUGCCGAAGCAGAAGAAAGCCUUAGAAGUACGGACGAUCUAGUGCGUCAACUAAUGUCCGGUGAUGUGGAGGCAACCUCCUCUAAAAAGCGUAUAGGAAGGGAUAAACCGGCUUCAGAAAGCACAGACCAUAAAACUGAUAUUAAAAACAAUAUCGGGGUGGAGGAAGCACAGCCAAUCGAAAGCGAUGAGGAAGAUGAGGCGGAAGAAGUGCAAACUAUUCGAGAGCAAGUUUCCCUGUUGCCAAUCGAAGAACGCGAGCCCUUCCUCAGAUCACAGAUUCAGAUUCUCACGGCCAAAAUGCGUAAGAUACAGAAAGUAAACUUCAUUAGCGAUGAACUGGUACACUUGAUGAAUGUGGUGGUUAUGCUGGAAGACGAUCUUCAGGACAUGCUGUGCGACUUAGAGCUGGAAGCCAGUGAUGCCGAGCAAGUUGAAGAAUUCGAAGAUCCCGACGAACCCGCAGUAGAGCCCGAAGUUGUGCCAGAACCUAGUACAAAGACACGGCGCAUCUCCUUCGCUGCCGCUGAUCAGAAAUUAGAAUUCCGGCGCGAAGAGACUGUGGCGGAGAUGCUGCCCAAUGCAAGAAAGAAUUCCAGAGAUGUCAUACGCUUGGAUGAGCCGGUUGAACCACCUCCGAAAGAAGUCGCCAAGAAAAAGAACAUAAAACCCAGCACAGACAUUUUGCAAAAAGUUGAGAGAAAUAUUGAGUUUGUGAAGGAGAAUCAAAGUGUCCAAGACUUCGAUUUGCUCAACCAAAUUCUGGAGGAGUCCACAGGACGCAUUAACACAUUACACAUUAGUUUUAACCAUUCCAAUGCAGUGACUGCCGCUAAAUAUGAUACAGAAGAUGCCAUACCGGGGACUCCAGCAGAUUUCUAUGAGAAGUUCGAAAAAGACCGGGCCCAGGCGAAUGCAUCGUUUCCUAUAUUUGUUAAUGGGUUUGAGGGAGAAGAUCAGGUGAAAGUGCCAAUCAUGACCGAAGCUUCGCGAGGAGCGGCCUACGAAGAUCCCAGAAGUCAGUUUUCAAAACCGGGUACUUCUGAAGACGAGGCAACGAGUGGUCCGGAAGGCAGUACCAAGUCUAUACUUCGCAACAAAUCCGCCGUAGAGCUGGAGCCGCACAUUACAAACCAACAAAAAGAACCGAAGAAGGUCGGGAAGAAGGGGAGAAAACCAAAGAAGAAAGAGCGCACCCUGGACGACGAUCUGCGCGACAUGAGUGCCUAUCAGAAGGUGAUGCACGAGAUUGUAGAGAAGGAGCCGGCCAAGGAGACGCCGGAGCCACUGCCUCAAGGCAAGUUCAUCGAUACGCAUGCACCAAAGAAGCGGGUCAGCCGCUUUAAGGAACAGCGGGCACGUAGCAAGACGUAGCAGAGGAGUGAAACUGAGAGUUUAGCGGGAAAUUACUCAUAUAUUUGUUCAAGUUUUAUGUGGAUUUGUAUUACAAACACAACAAACAAUAAACAACUACUCGUGUGGUGUACAUUGAUAUUUAAAUUAAA